AUGAGAGAUAUCAUAGAAGACAAUAAAAAGGCUGAAGUAAUGGGGCGCUUUAGUAAUGGAGGGAGUAUAACGAGUUCUCUAACUUUAUCUGAUUUCACCUUACGUAAUCAUAAAAAGGGCAUUACAGCAUUGCGGAUUAUCAAAAUGCCAUCAGUUUCUAAGGUGUCAGUCCUGCUAUCUGGUGAUAGCGAUGGCCUCUUUGUCAUCUGGGACUUGGUGACUAAAAGGCCCAUUACGUGUACACAAAUCAAAGAUCAUCCACACAUUAUAGCGUUCCAAUGGGUGGGUAGCACCGUACUGUCUAUUCUCUGCAAAGAUUCCAUGCUACGAAUGUUCAAGCUGGAAGCAUCAGCCUUAUUAUCUACGGAUUUAGUGGUUGGGGAACGUCAGUUUAAUAAAACGACGGGUUUGCAAUGGGCCCAAAUUUAUGAAAUGCCUGUAAAUACAUUAAAUUUUGCGAACUUUAUUAUGGAUUCUCAAGUCGAGUUAAAAGAUGGGAAGGAUAACGAAUCGUAUAGACUUAUCUGCUGUCAUACUAACGAUUCAGAAGCUAUAGAUAUAUACCAGAUAAUGCAAGAUCCAAAAUUCAAACUACAAAGACCUUUUGAUAAUAUUAAUUUCCCCGAAUUUUUAAAGAAGCAAAGCCUUCUAGAAAUAUUUAACGUACCCAAGGACUCCAAGUUCGGUAUUAUAAUGAAGUUGGCCAAAUUAAAUGAUAUCAUAUUUUUAGGUUUUGAAAAUGGAUUUAUAAUGGGGUUCACAACCACUUUUGAUGAGGAACUCCAGAAGGGCGUUGCGGAUUUGAUCCAUAUUUCCAAUGACCAUUACCCAAACCCAAUACUAAAUAUGUGCAUUAGCGGGGAUGAACUAUAUAGUUGUUCCACGGACGGUUUCAUAAGCAAGCACAAGUUUUCAAUAGACCUUUUAACACGGCCUGCGGCAGAAUACAUUAAAGAUGACACAUUACUGAUUAAAUGUUCUAGUACUUUGAAAGCAAGCAGACCAUCUAGAAUCGAUCUUCCCCUAAAGAACAUAAGUCACAUCGAUGUAAUAUCAGACGAUUACUUAGUCGUGAGUAAUUGGUCAGGCAAAACAAUUGUUAUAAAUGAGUAUACUUCAGAAGUCUUGCAAACUUUUGUGAAGACAAGAAACAACUUGGUCGCCAACGACAGUUCUAUCGGAGACUUAACGAAUGGUAACAACUCAAAUACCGAAUCCAGCUUGAAAUCGAAGAACUAUAAAGUGGGGUCGAUGAUCGGGCUAAAAUCUUUUGAUGUGCAAUCAGAUGGUUUGAAAGUGGGGGAACUCAGACGCAUCAAAACCUUGGCAAAAUUCAGUUGGUGUAUUAUUGGUUAUGAUGACGGUACCAUAAAACUCAAUAGACUAUAG